AUGAGCGGAAGUAAAACACCCGUUACAAACUUUUUGCUGGAGAAACUGCCAACUGAGCAAGUAAGAUAUGAAUCAAUGGACAAAGUACUAGAGGAUGGAGAAGCUGUCCACUAUCCUGUUGAAUUCUUACACACUCUCAAUCCACCAGGGAUACCACCUCAUGUUCUUCAACUCAAGAUUGGCACUCCAAUAAUGUUGCUCCGCAAUUUAAAUCCGCCAAAAUUAUGUAAUGGUACCAGGCUUCAAGUCAAGGUCUUACACAAAAAUGUCAUUGAAGCCAUGAUUUUCACCGGAAAAUAUGAAGGAGAAACUGUAUUCAUUCCAAGGAUUCCUCUGAUCCCAUCAGAUUACCACUUCGAAUUUAAACGUCUGCAAUUUCCUGUCAAAUUUUCUUAUGCCAUGACGAUUAACAAGGCACAAGGGCAGAGUUUAAAGAUGACUGGUAUUGAUUUAAGAAAUAACUGUUUCUCUCAUGGCCAACUAUACGUGGCAUGCUCAAGAGUUUAUUGUAAAGCUAAAACUAUGAACAAUGUGUUUUUUGGAUUUUAA